GGAUUUCAUGAAAACAAUUUUGACCGAAAUAUUCUCCUCGCGUUCGUCGUAUCGUUUGCGAGACAACCGUUUCAAGCACUGCAUCGGCGGUCCGCCUAUCAAUCCAUAUCUUAAGAAUUCAUAUCAGUUGUUGCAAAGCAUAGACCAUUCCUCCGCAACCAUUCAUCCCGAAACCGGUGAAUCGAUAACUAUUAGGCCUACUGUUGACGAGGCGAUCGAUCGGUCCAUGUAUUGGAUGGCCUGCAGUGGCCAACAACCGGCGCCCAAACGCAAACAUAUGGGCGACGACUCAAUCAAUUUGCGACAUUUGUUGUAUUGCCUGAAAACUAACCGCAAUCUAAUACCGGUGCUGUCUGUCCAGUGCAGCGCCUACUAUAGGACUGCCGCCAAAUUGGACGAAAUCGACACCAAUUCUGCUAAUGAUUAGCCAAAACGAGUAAUUUAUUAAUUUUGUUCAUUGUUUAUGACAUUCACUCGAGUUUACAAUUACCGUAAAUACUAAACAUGUAUUUUAUUACUUAACGAAAUCCACACAAAUAUUGUUAUGAAUUGAAACUGAAAAUACAAUUUAAUUUUUUUGAUAAAUAAAUUUUUUGUUGAUUCCAUGAGAAA